AACAGCGAAAACAAAAUGUCUCUUCAGAUUUUAGCAAUCUCAUCUUCUUGUCCUGCUCGAGAAACAAGCCGCAUCGUUGAACGCCGUUUAGCAAAUUUUCAUCCAAGCAUAUGGGGGGAUUAUUUUCUCAAAUAUGCUUCUGACUCCAACUCGAUGAGUUCUCCUACUAUAGCAGAGGAUCGAAUAGAGGGAUUGAAAGGAGAACUGAGGAAGAUGUUGAUAGGUGCUAUGGAUAAGCCUUCGCAGAAGUUGAACUUGAUCGAUCAAAUCCAACGCUUAGGAAUUGCCUACCAUUUUGAAAUUGAGAUAUAUCAGCAGUUGGAACAAAUUCACAAAAGCUAUUUUGAAUUGCAUGAUGGUGAUAAAGACAACGACCUACACACAAAUGCUCUUCUCUUUCGAUUGUUACGGCAACAAGGUUAUGCAAUUUCAUGCGAAAUCUUUAACAAGUUCAAGGACAUCAAUGGGAAUUUCAGCAAAUCACUUAUUGUUGAUGUGCAAGGACUACUAAGUCUAUUUGAAGCUUGUCAUAUGAGGUUUCAUGGCGAUGAUGUUUUGAAUGAUGCACUUGCUUUUGCUAUGACUCACCUCGAGUCAAUUGAUAAAGGAAAGGCAAGCCCACUUAAAAAACAAGUGAGGCAUGCCCUAAAACAACCAAUCCACAAGGGAAUACCAAGGCUAGAGGCAAGGCGCUACAUUUCACUCUACCAAGAGGAGCCUUUGCAUAAUGAAGUACUGCUAUCCUUAACUAAACUCGAUUUCAACUUAUUGCAAGAGCAACACCAGAAGGAACUCGGUAACCUUACAAGGUGGUGGAAGGAUUUAGAUGUAGAAAGGAAGUUCCCAUUUGCUAGAGAUAGACUUGUGGAGAUCUAUCUUUGGACGUCGGGAGGUUAUUUCGAGCCAGAGCAUAAAGCCACAAGGGAAAUACUAACCAAAGUGUUUAGCAUUGUUACCAUUAUCGAUGACAUCUAUGAUGCCUAUGGCACAUUGGAGGAACUAGAACUUUUCACGGAAGCAAUUGAAAGGUGGGAUGUUGAAGUCAAAGAUGGAUUACCAGAGUACAUGCAAGCAUGUUAUAAGAUAGUUCUUGAUUUGUAUGAUGAAAUUGGCUACGAGGUGACUAGAAAAGGGCGAUCGGACUACCUUUUCUAUGCAAAAGAAGCGAUGAAAAACCAAGUGAGAGCGUACUUCACUGAAGCCAAAUGGUUCCAUCAAAACCACAUACCGACGAUGGAGGAGUACAUGCCCAUUGCAUUACCAACCACUGCUGUUGAAUUGCUGUUGGUGAUGUUGUUGUUAGGAAUGGGAGAUACCGUAACAAAAGAUGUUUUUGACUGGCUAUUGUAUAGCAACCCCAAGAUGGUGAAUGCUGUGAAAGUAGUCUGUCGGCUCAUGGAUGACAUCGCCGGACACAAGUUUGAGCAAGAGAGAGGCCAUGGGCCAUCUUCAAUGGAGUGUUUCAUGAAACAAUACGGAGUUACGGAGGAAGAGGCUAAGGAGGAACUCCAUAAUCAAGUGGCCAAUGCAUGGAAGGACAUUAAUGAAGGGUUGUGCUGCUCGACCAAUGUCCCUAGGCAACUUCUUGUGCGAAUUCUCAAUUUUACACGAGUUGUGCAUGUGGUGUAUAAAGAUGAGAUAGAUCUCUUCACUCAUGCUGGAACCAAGUUAAAAGAGCACGUUACUAAUCUAUACGUCAAUCCAUUGCCAAUGUGAUGGUUCGGAAGAACAAGUACCUAGCCGUUGUAGACUGCAUUAGACAGUUUCGGAAUCUGCUCUGCGUAAAAUCUGAAUUGUGCGUCAACCGUUAGAUAUGACUCUUCUCUAGCCCGAGAUGAAGUAAAAUAAGGGGCCUGUAAAUAUGUGAUAUUGGAAUAUAUUAAUGUUCU